GAGGAAGUUCAUUUAGCAGCAAGAUGAGCUCUUAUAGCAGAUCAAAGAAACUAGGUCACUUUCUGAAGAAGUGGAACAUCACAUUUGUUUCUAUCAAGGUUUAUAGACUGAGCCCGCUAGUGGAGUUGUAAACAGGCUGCGCCCCCAAAAGUCGUGACGCCAUGAAGCCCGGCCCCCCGCGACGAGUUUUCCGCACUGGGGGCGUGUCCUCGUGCAACCAAUACCAGUCCUAGCGUGUCAACAAGUAGUGUAUCCCACAUAAUCGAUUACUUAUCGAAUUUUCGUUAUCAAGCGAAACGUAUCAAACUGCCAAUUAAACCAGUAUAAAUAUGAGGGCUUCCCCCUAGCCUCAGUAGUUUGUCACAGACAGUAUAGAGAACCCAGCUAUAUCUCUGCCUCGAAUCCCGCUUUUCUUGACCAUAUACACGCUCAAGGCUCGUUCUGCCUGCGCUCGGACAUUGCUGACCACAAUGGGAUCCACUCCAGCUCUGAUUAUUGUGUCUAUAAUGAUAUCCCAGUGUGUGACUGGACUUAUUCUGCUUAAACCAGAUCCAAAUGAAUAUGAUUUGCUGGAAUAUGAAGAAUUCCCCGAUUCGGAACUAUUUGACACACUGAUUGACAUGAGUAAAGCUGAUCUAUCAGCAAGCAGACAUCGCCAACAGAUCCGACCCUUUGAACCUGAGGACGAUGUCAGUGAUGACGAAUACUAUGACGACAACGACAAAGAAGAGUACGACAUCUAUGAAGACGGCGACGUGAUGAUAACGCCCCCGGAGUAUGCACCGGCGUUUCCAGACAGUUAUGCUGGUUACGACAACGUCGACGAUGCCAACGUUGCCCCUGCACUGACGUCGAUACAUCGUCGUGGGAAACGCUCUGUUGUUGACCAUGUGGAUGCCAAAGUGGAAGUUUUGGUCGUGGUUGACAACGCCAUCUACCAGCAUUAUGUGGAGAAGACCCGUACCCAGCGGGAAGCCCUGGCCAUGCUGAGGCGCUACUAUGGGAUGGUGUUCGCCAUGGUUGAUCAAAGAUUUCAAACCAUCGGGGACCCCGAGUUGUCCAUUACAGUCAAGAUCUCAGGAAUUCUCGUGUCAGAGUCGCGGCAGGACUCCGCAUGGCUUGAGUAUCUGGUCCAGUGGUCCAGACGCCGGGAUGAGGGAAGAGUCGAUGCCAACAAAGGCCUAAAAUAUUUCAUCAAAUGGCUGAAGGACCAGAAGUAUCUGCCAAAAUAUGACCAUGCCAUGGCCUUCACAGGGUAUCACCUGGUUAACAAAGCCAGCAUCGACCUCGGAGGUAUGGCCUACGUCAGCUCAGUCUGCAACACCCGCGGCGGGAACUCCGCAUCCAUGGUCGCAGACCCAGGGGACUUCCAAGUCGUCAAGGUCGCCGCCCACGAGCUGGCACAUAGUCUGGGAGCGAGCCACGACGGCGACAAGGAGAACAAGGACUGUCCCCCCGACGACAACUUCAUCAUGGCGCCCCAGACUACCAGUGAACACGAUAAGCUCAAGAAUGCGUUCUACUUCUCCCCAUGUUCCGUCCGACAGAUGAAGAAACUGCUGAGAUCCGACCAGGCGUCUUGUGUGCGGGACACCCCCAGUGUCUACUAUGAGUACAACAUACAGCGACUGCCCCCCGGACAAAAAUACACAGCUCACCAACAGUGUAAACUUAUAUUUGGCAAGAAAUCAGAAUUCUGCGGGACCAAGAACUUGAAGAUGGUCAUGUGCGGUCAACUGUGGUGCAAGGACCCAGAGAAUGGACUCACCUGCCGCACACACUCCUACCUCACGGCGCUGCCCGGGACCACUUGUCGGGAGGGCAAAGUGUGUCAUCUAGGUGUUUGCCAAACAAAUCCGUACGGACUACGUCCCACUGGCAGAAUGCAGAUAUCUAGAACACCGUCACAGACGAACCGUCGUCAGAGCACCGACCGGCGAACAUCCAGAUUGAGAACGAGGCCAAAUGGCAGACGUCAGGGUCGCAGACGUCAGAACAGCAGCAGACGACAAGUCAGUAGGACUUCCGGCGGAAGGAGGAGUCGCAACAAGGGACGGUCGUCAAGACAGAGGGGUAAGGCGGGACAAUGCCUUGCCGACCAAAACGAAAAAUACUGCGAGGGGUUAAUAAAAGUAAACCCCCGUGUGUGUCGUCGCAGAGCCGUGAGGAAGUACUGUUGCCGCACAUGCGUUUUCAGGCGACGGAGGCUUUAGAGACGAGAAGCAGGGUGUUAUGAUGAGUGCUUUCCAUACAGACCAAAUUCUCGAAACGCCAUUGCGCAUAACAACCAAUCAAUGCACAAUAGUGCUAUUAAUGAUAUCUGAACAUGUUUGCUAGCUCGUAUAACGUAAAAAUGUCAUUAGGAAAUCUGCUAGGAUACGCGAUAAGGAACAAAAUGAGUCUUGCUUUCAUUCGUUUCGAGGGUAUGGCUCGUGGACCGGAAGUCCAACAACAGAACAAGACAGGUUUCCAGUUGCUAGGCAUUCUCUAACAACAGUGCGCAGAACAGCUAACUUCCGCCAACACUAAACAGACUGAUUUGUGCACAAGGCCGUUAGAGCUUUGAUCCUUUGACCAAAGUUCAUGACACCAAAUUGAGGUCCCAGUUUCAAACGUUCCCUUGGGUAAUACCAUACUCAAAUCAAGGUUCUGAACCAUGUUCUGGACCAUCCUGUAUCAUUGAAGGCUUUCCUCAAGUGUACAAAGAGCACAGGAAGCAUUGUUUGGCUUUAGUUUCCGACUGAAAAUCAAACAAUAUCCUAAACGUCCUAAAAUUUAAUUCAAACUGCUUUGCACUGCCGUUACCCUGUACAAGAACUUUUGUUCAUGCUUUUUAAUGACAUCUAGAAGAAUGUUGUUGAUAUUGCGAACAUUUGACGGAAUGUACGAAUCUCUAUCAAUUACUGUUGUUGCUGCUGCUGCUGCUGUUAUCGGUGAUUGGUCAGUCUUGUCAAUACAUUCCAUACUGCCUUGUUUAUGAUGUGAAUUAUCAUAGAUAUUAUAUUUGUAAAUUAUGUGUGUGUCUGGGAGACUGGGUGAAAGCAGGUGUAAAUUUUCCUUCCGUCCAUUUUGUACGUAUUUAUUUCAGACUGUUUAUUUUGUCUUUAAUACUUUUUUAUAUUUUCAUAUGUGCUGAAAUACUCUGAAUAUGUGCAAUACUUUUUAUCUUGUUUUCAUAAUAGUGUCAUACAUACCAUACCAUGUCAAUAAAUUCAUUGUCAGAAC